AUACGUGGGCUCAAUAGAAGUUGGUCAAAAAAGCUCAUCAGUUGAAACUGGGAAUAUCGGGCUUACUCAGAAGACAAAAAAGAAGUGGCUUUGAAUGGAACACUGGUAUGAUCAUUUUGCAACUGUAUUUUGAAGGGUCGGUCAUAUUGGAGACCAGCAGAACCCAUUUUAGGUGCAGCUUGUAUCUGAGACAGAGGAAUUAAUUUGUAGGGAGGAUCAGUUAAUCUUUUAUGCCAGGAAGGCCGGACCAGAGUCUCCAAAAUGAGUUUUUUUCUUGCUUUCUUGACAUUUUAUGCUGCUACUUGUGUAGCCCCUGGUAAAGGAGAAAGCAGCCUCAGCUUUAGUUUUCCUUCCUUCGACAACUCUCAUGUCGACCAUAUUAAGCUCCUGUAUGAUUCUUACUUUCAGCAAAGCGGUGAUGGGAAUCUCAUUGAACUCACCACAGAUCGAAGCGGCAAAACCUACAGCGUCGGCUGGGCUGUUUUUGACAAAUCCAUUCCAGUGUGGAACAAAUCUUCAGGGGCUCUGGCAACCUUCUCAACUCACUUUGAAUUCAGAAUCAAUCCAUCUGCGAGCAACGAGUUCGGGUCAGGGGGAGGCAUGGCCUUUUUCAUGGCGCCGCUUGAUUUUCAGACACCGGUGCUCUCUGCAGGUAAAUGGCUCGGCCUUUUCAAUUCAUCCACAAUAGACAAUCCGAGGAACCAGAUAGUUGCAGUGGAGUUCGACACGGAUAAAAAUUCCCAUGAUCCGGAUGACAAUCAUGUCGGAAUCGAUGUAAAUACAGUGGUUUCGGAGAAAUAUUAUUCGGUGGUUAAUGGAAGUCUGAAAGACGGGAAAAGAUGGGACGCCUGGGUGGAUUAUGAUGGGCGGGUGAAGAAGCUUCAAGUAUUUCUGUCACGUAAUGCUUCGAAAUCAGCGGCCCCUGUGUUGAGCUAUGACAUAGAUCUGGCCAAUUUUCUUCCUGAAAAUGUCAUGGCAGGCUUCUCGGCUUCGACUUCAAUGGGAACAGAGAGCCAUGCCCUGGUCUCAUGGAAUCUCACCUGCAAAACCUCCUGGAAUGCUUCCUUUCUCAGUCUUGCGGAUCAGGGGAAAGGAAAAUCGAAGCGGAAGGGUUUUAAAAGUGUUCUGAUUGCUGUAAUCAUCGCCACCGCUGCCAUUUUCUGUGGCUUCACAUUCGCUGGGGUUUGGCUAUGGCGGCGUAGAAGGCACAGGAGGCGGACAAAAACAGAGCGCGAGACUGAAAUGGCACUGGACGAAGAGUUCACCCAAGGCCCGCGGAAGUUCACAUACGCCGAGCUGAACGCCGCCACCAGACAUUUCAGCGAGAGUGAAAAGCUGGGACAGGGGGGUUUCGGAUAUGUGUACAGAGGGGUUUUUCCGGGCACGAAUGAAAUUGUGGCGGUGAAGCGGAUUUCUGAGGCAUCGAAACAGGGCAAGAAAGAAUAUGUAGCAGAGGUCAGCAUAAUCACUCGGCUAGGGCACCGUAACCUGGUCCAGCUCUUGGGAUGGUGCCAUGAAAGAGGGGAAUUGCUUCUGGUCUAUGAAUACAUGCCAAAUGGAAGCCUGGACAAGCGUAUUUUUGAGUCAGGCGCUCUGGAUUGGAACCGCAGGUACAAUAUAGCAUCCGGCAUAGCCUCUGCUCUGGUUUACCUUCACGAGGAUUGGGACCAAUGUAUUCUGCACAGGGACAUCAAGUCCAGUAAUGUGAUGCUGGAUUCCAAUUUCAAUGCAAAAUUAGGGGAUUUUGGCCUGGCCCGGCUUGUGGAGCGCGAUACAGAGGCGUUUUCUCACACCACAGUAGUUGCAGGAACCCUAGGUUAUUUAGCCCCGGAAUGCGUGAUAACUGGGAAAUCGACUCCUGAAUCGGAUGUUUACAGCUUCGGCGCAGUUGCUCUGGAAAUUGCCUGCGGAAGAAGGGCUUUGGACCAGAGACUGAGAGAAAAUUACAGCAUGAGGCUUGUGCAGUGGGUCUGGGAUUUGUAUUCUCAGGGUAGGGUUUUGGAUGCGGCGGCCGAAAGUCUGCGCGGUGAGUUUAACAGAGAAGAGAUGGAGAGAUUGUUAAUGGUGGGACUGUGGUGCUCUCAUCCUGAUCCCGAAGGCAGGCCUUCCAUGAGGCAGGUCGUCAAGGCGUUGAGAUUCGAAGAGACUUUGCCAAAUAUUCCGACGACCAUACCUGUACCUGUCUUUUUUUACGGCCAUCCUGUACGGCCCAGCGAUGUGUUGUCCACGACCUCUUUGUACGGGACUAGUAGUGACCGGUCGCAGCCGGUUUCCACAGUUGUACCGCGCUGAGAUUCAGCGUAUGAUAGUCUGACCGCCACCCUGGCGUUUAACCACUGUUUAUAACUCGCAGUCUGCCCACAGGAUUUGAUAAACGGCGAGAGGUCGGUAGGUGGUUAGAUUGAACUCAAGCAAUUUUUUCAUUGUAGUUACCUGCUUUAGCUGAUUAGGUAUACAGUUUGUAUGUAAUUCUAUAUGAGAAAGUUCCAAACUAUUUAUGAUUUUAAAAGCGCGCCAACCAAUUUUUGUUUC